AGUACAUUUUUGGAUGGGGAGCAAACAUAAAUCAUUCAAUUCGACGCCCUUUUUAAGCUGAUAAGGCAAAUUUCUAAAUUUUCGGCAGUAUCACUUCUGUUUCUACACAGGCUUCUUGUCGCUAGAAAUGAAAUUCCGGUUUUUGGCGUUAUGUGUUGGGUUACUAUUAGCCACAUUGGUUAGUGGCAAUGGAGACCCGGGAGCCUCAAAUUCUUCAUCGGUAGCAACAACCGUCGCAGCUUCUCCCUCAACAGACGCUUCCUCAUCAGCAGCACCAUCCCAGGCUCCAGCUUCUCCAACUUCCGUUGACCCAUCUGCCACUACUCAAGCAGCCGCAUCCUCUGGAGCACCCGUAUCUACAGUAUCCCCAUCGUCCGGAGCAACCACUGCCGAGCCAUCAAGCUCUUCGGCGGCUCCAGUGACCUCUGGAGGGUCUACUGUAUCAGCUGGACCAACUACACCAGCACCGCUUCCAAAUGUGACGUACAGUCUUUUGCAGUUCUCCUCUCCGGUAUGCGUGGAUGCUUCUUGCACCUACACUUUCAAUGCUCCUGGCAACAACCAAGUCCUUCUCGCCACUGAUCAAUCUGCUGUCGCCACAGAGCGCACCCAAUUCUCAGGUCUUCAAGGUCAGGCCAGUGAUAAGGAUAAGGCUGUGAAGGAGGCCAAUGAUGAGGCAGUUCAAAAGAUUAAGGAUCUUCAAGCCCUACUGGAUAGUAUUCAAAAAAAUUUGAACGCGAUUCAAAAUAAUAUCAUAGUGAUCACAAAUCAGCAAAAUGACGCGCAGACUACUCUGACGUUUGUGGAGAAGUUUAUCGGUCAGGUGAACUCGGCGCAGGGCAAUUGUCUAUAUCAGAGAUGUUUGAAGCCGACAACUCCAGCACCACCAACCACCUCAACUGCUCCACCACCAACAACUACUCCAAAUCCAUGUUUGGCAUUUAAUUGCACAGGAAGCGGGCCAUGCCAAUUGGAUAGUCUCAACAGACCAUACUGCACAAAUUGCCCGGGAGAUAUGGACGGAUACACUCAGUGCCAGCAAGUUGCCUGCUCAGCCGCUGGAACUAACUUCACCAUUGGCACAAAUAAUAGAGGAGUUUGGUACUCCCCUGGCUACAACUCCAACAAUACAAACUCCUCAGUUGUUCCAGCCAACUCUAACUGUAUCUAUAAUCUAACUGGAUAUUACCAAGUUAACCAAACCAGUGGGGCUCCUGAACUGAAUCUAAACUGUCUGGCGUCUUCAAACGUUGAGUUCUAUUUUUUGAAUUCGGAUGGUUUUAAAACGCCACUCACAAGUGGAAGUUCUGCUAGAGUGAUUAAUAACGCGUUGGGCAAGAUGAAAACUGGUGGACAGAUUGUUAUAACAUCGACAAGCUUGGACGCCUCUUAUUGUGUGCUUCCGUUGGCUCUGCAACCAGCUACAACUUCGAAACCCGAGUUCGAGGAGUCGGAGGUUGCAAAGAAGUCCAAUGGUUUCUUCAAUUGGCUUAUGGGAUAUUAAUUAUUCACAACUGUUUAAUGAAUGAAUAUAUAGCACAUUCACAAUUAGUACAACAGUUCAGACCUCUGAGCAGUAUUUAUUCAUUUUUAAACGACAAUUUCUAUCGUGAAAAAAAAAUUACGAC